UUAAUUAUUUUAUCUUGUCUUAUCAGCUAUGAAUACAUUCGACUCGUUUGCUUCCAUCAAUCGGUAAGUGAGAAAGAUGAUUUCUCCCAUCACCACAGUGCGGAUUUCCACUUCUAUCACAGCAGCCAACAACAUCCGUUUUCCUGCAGCAGUAACCUCUGUGUGGACGCCAGAGUGCAUAUUGGCAGCACUGUCAGCUAUAAGUAUCUCGCCAUACUCGUUCAUCCCAUCAUUCGUAUAUACCUCGAUUACAGCAACCUUGCACCUCGGCCUGACAGCUCAUCUGAGUACGCCACACUCACAAUCGCCCUCUUCCUUGUUCCAGCCACAGCAGAAGCAAGAUACGUUUCCGCGUUCCGAGGCAAAAUGGUGUACUUCACGGAGCCCGGUUCCGUUUUUUUUAGAAAGGGGGGAGGAUGUGUGGACGCCAGAGUGCAUAUUGGCAGCACUGUCAGCUAUAAGUAUCUCGCCAUACUCGUUCAUCCCACCAUUCGUAUAUACCUCGAUUACAGCAACCUUGCACCUCGGCCUGACAGCUCAUCUGAGUACGCCACACUCACAAUCGCCCUCUUCCUUGUUCCAACCACAGCAGAAGUAAGAUACGUUUCCGCGUACCGAGGCAAAAUGGUGUACUUCACGGAGCCCGGUAAUUUACAACCUCCAACCCCUGUUGGCAAUGCCGGGGGACAGCAUCAACAGCAGCAGCAGCAGAAUUUGACCAUGGUAUGGUAUUGCGAAGAACUUUCCCCAAUAGAGGUUCCGUGCUUCGCGCACAUUCAAAAAUCCUCUUCAGACACGAAAACUCAACGACAAGGAGCUAUGAAUACAUCCGACUCAAUCAAUCGGCGAAUGAGAAAGAUGAUUUCCCUUAUCACCACAUUGCUUAUUUCCACUUCUGUCACACCAGCCAACAGCAUCAGCUUUCCCGCUGCAGUAUCCUUUAAGUCCAGGGUGCUAUUCCGGGGAACAGCAUCAACAGCAACCGCAGCAGGACCUGGCCAUCGAUAGUAUUUCGAGCAAUUUUCCCCAUCGGAGAUCCCGUGCUUCACGCACAUUGAAGAAUCCUCCUCAGCCACAUAUCUGUGUCAUCAAGGGCAAGGAGGUAUUCAUCAAAGUACU